GAUCUGUCUCUGGAUGAUUAGUAACUUUGUUAAUUUAUGGAACAUGGGAAAAAGUGUGAAACAAUAUGAAAUCCAUCAUUUAAAUCUAGUUAAGGCCAUUACUCAUUGCAUACAGCAUUACUGUAACCUUGAAAAUGCCUUUUCUUCAUGGGUCAGCAGUGCUGUGUCAUGGUCACUGAUUGUGUGAAGUUUCCUCACUCACUUUUUGUCUCCUUUAAUUAACUGCAGUUUCCUUCAUUGUUAUGUUCAUAAGUAAACUUUAAUCACCCAGAUAUGAGUGAGUGCACACAAUGUAGGUGUGUGGGUGUGCUCUGUGCAAGACUGACGUUCCAAAAAAAGUUUGUUCCAGUCAGGAUAGGUUGUGACUCCUUUUGGCCCAGUUUUAGAAACUGCAGGUUCAAAGAAUGCAUUGAUAAUUGUUAAUUUUAUUUAGUCAUACAGUUUAAAAUAAGCCUAAAUAUCAUCAGCAAAGAAAACCUAAGUUAUAACUCUAAAUCACAUCACACAGCAAGUGAUGAGUUUGAUUUGUAAAUAAAAAUAGUUAUAUACCAAGGAGUAUGGCUCACAAUAGCUCAUAUAAUGACUCAUUUUCAAAAAAAGGUGUCACCAAUGAUGACAUUGUAAGAAGAUGUUCCUUCAUAUUCACCUCCAUUCUGGGGCAAAGAAUUUUGGUAAUCUUGGGGUAAAGCACCAUAAUUAUUAUACUCUAUCCUUUGCUGUUUAUGACUAAAAAUAAAGUUUCUCUUAAACAAUAUUUACAGUGUUUAUUGUUCAUCUUAGAUGCAGAAAUCUCCACUGAAAGUCUGGAAGUUCAGAAAAUUAUUGUGGACAAGCACAACAAUCUAAGGAAAGCUGUGACUCCGGCGUCAAGCAACAUGCUCAUCAUGCAAUGGAGUAAUGAAGUUGCAUCCAAUGCUAAAGAAUGGGCCAUCACCUGCAGUUUCAACCACAGCCCUUCAUUUAAAAGAAAGAUUAGCAAGCCAAAUUCUUGGGAAGAUGUAAUUCAAGCCUGGUUGGAUGAAAAUUUUACCUACGCUGUUGGAGCUAAGAAUGGGGAAGCUGUUGGACGCUAUACUCAGACUCUCACUACAAGUACUUUUAUGUUUGCCAAUACUGUCCUCCUGGAAAUUAUCAAGGUUUACUGCUGCUCCUUAUAA